AUGGACGGGGAGGAAGAUGUGAAACAAUCGUUUAUCGCACAAAAUAAUUGCAAUUCUAGCACAAAUUUGAUCAAUGAUAAGAUCGAUGGUAAUACAGCCACUGUUUCUAGUGACCCGACUUUGGAUAAGAACGAAAACAAUGAAAACAAUUCCAAUCAAUGUUCGAACAUGGACUCUGAACAGGCAGCUAGUCUUUACCCGGAAUUUGCCGGAGACACCUCCAGUGUUUCCAGCUCUGUUUCGGAUUUCACAAUGUUCAUAAAACCUGCUACGUAUCCUGAUUUCACACAAGAUCCAUUUGACAUUCAACCAGGAAAUGAACAUUCACAGAUACCUUCGCCAGAGGAAAGAUCACUAAAUUCUACAGCAUCAACACCUAACUCGGAUGGAAUUACUCCUGGGUCCUCUAAAGUUCCAGAAGCUGGGAAGGAUGAGAAUAUCCCUGAAAAUCCUCUGCAACCAAGAACUUCAUCCAUGGCUGAGAGUGAUAAAUCAAUAAAACAACCUGUUAGAGGUUUGAAAAAGAGUGUUUCAAUCCUCAUACCAGCGAUUGGCAAAAUAAAAGAGAAAUUUCAAAAAAAGAGUGAUAUGGCCCGAGAUCGAAGGCGAAGUACUUGUUCAGAACAAACUCCUUUACUAGCUGGUUGCAGAUCGUUACCUAACGUUGCGGAUGAUGGUACCUCAGCUAUUGUAGAUUAUCCAGAAGCACCUGCCCAUACCAGAUCUGAGAUAGGAAGGGAUGAGUUUCAAAAGAAACGUAGAAGUCGAAGGCGUCGUUAUAACACAGAGCGUUCUGAACGUCCAAAACUAUUAAGGCCUUUCAUUGCUUCACCAUUUAUGCCAAUACCAACUCAAGUAGCUACUGAAGUAGAUAGACGUUCCUUUAUUGGAGGAUUGCCAAAAGAUUCCAACAAGAACGUUCUUACCUAUGGAAGUUCCACUCGUCCCGCAGAAGAAGGAUUGUUACGUAAAAAAUCGGAGCAGGACUGCGAUUCAGAAGACGAUCCAUCCUCAUCAGAUAGCGAUUCUGAGAUCUCUAUCAAGAAGCCUUUUCUAUUUGAUCUUUCUUCGAAAGAAUGGUUGACUAUAGCUAUGUUAGCCAUCGCUAAUUUAUCUUCAACAGUAGCCUUUAGUUGUAUAGCUCCUUUCUAUCCUAACGAAGCUGCUCUGAAAGGAAUGACAGAAACUCAAACUGGAAUGGUUUUUGGAGUGUUUGAGUUGACUAUGUUCUUGACUGCUCCAAUUUUUGGAAAAUAUAUGAUUGCGAUAGGAUCUAAAAGAAUGUUCGUUGUGGGAUUAUUGAUAACCUCGGCCACUGCUAUUUUGUUCGGUUUUUUGAACUUCAUACCGUCCGGGACCUUGUUUUUCUGGGCGUCUUUCAUCAUUCGAAUCUUCGAAGCCAUAGGAGAUGCAGCUUUUAUCACUUCAAGUUUUGCUAUUUCUGCUAAAUGCUUUCCGGGGAGAAUAACUGUCAUUGUGGGAGUUAUGGAAACUUUUGCGGGUCUUGGGUAUUCUGUAGGUCCUCUGAUUGGAGGAGUUUUGUACGAGUUUGGAGGAUUCCAAGUGCCUUUCCUCUUUUUGGGUUGUUUGCUCUUUUUCAUAGCCGCAUUGAGCUAUUUUCUCUUAGAACCACUAACAGAUCAAGAAGUUAAUGAUGAGAAAGGAAUGAUGAGCAUGCUCAAAAUCCCAAUGAUAUGGAUCAUGUUAUACUCAAUCGUUGCAUGUGCGAUUUCUCUUUCCUAUUUGGACCCAACUUUAGCCGGUCAUCUUUUGUCGUUUGAACUAUCUCCCACAUGGGUUGGGCUUAUGUUUUUAUUGUGUGGAGGAGUUUACACCAUUGCUGCUCCGAUAUGCGGAUGGCUGAUAGAUAAAUGCCGCUGUACAAUGCAGCUCAUGCUCUUUGGUUCACUUUUAAAUGUAUUCGGGAUGUUGUUGAUCGGACCUUCGCCGUUCUUGAACCUAGAAAAGAACAUAUAUAUAAUUGGAUUUAGUUUAUCGCUAUUAGGUAUAGCCGCUGGUGCCCAAUAUAUACCGACUUUCCAAGCAUGUUUGGAUGCAGCAAAGGAAAACGGUUAUGAAGACAAUUUCCAUACGUAUGGGUUGGUAUCCGGCCUGUUCCAGUCAGCAUUCGCAUUCGGAUCCUUCUUCGGUCCUACUGUCGGAGGAUUUGCUGUAGAACGAAUUGGAUUCCCUUGGACUUGCUCGAUAAUUGCGUUCAUACAGGUUAUGUUUAUAUGCACGGUUUUUGUUUUCUACGGUUACCGUUCUUGCUUCAGAAAGAAAUGA